AUGGCCAACACAAAGACAGCCCGCGCGGUGCCUGCUCGCACAGCUCCAAUCGCGCGUCGGUGGUGCGCACGCAGCUACUCGCCCGCAACCAGCACAGCCGCGCCACCGCGGGUUUCCCCGCACCCCACGUCGGUGGACCCGGGACCUCGAACCCCCGACGACGCAAACGCUUCUGUUAAGUCCGGAGCAGCAGCAGCCGCCCGCCCGGCCCCAUCCUCGUCCCCGGUGCGCCGCAGCCUGGUGACUCGCUCUCUCUCUUUGGCAUUUGAAGGGAGCGCAGUGACUGUCCUUGAGCGCGGAGGGGCGAGCUCGCCUCGGCAGCGCGGGAGCAAGAGGCGGCGCAGGAGCGGCGGCAGCGGCAACCCAGCACCCGAGGGGGUCCGAGCCCCGGCAGCCGGCCAGCCCCGCGCCACAAAGGGAGCGCCCCCGCCACCCAGCACGCCGCCUUCCUCCCCAAUGUCCUCGGCCAUCGAGAGGAAGAGCCUGGACCCGUCUGAGGAGCCAGUGGAUGAGGUGCUGCAGAUCCCCCCAUCCCUGCUGACAUGUGGCGGCUGCCAGCAGAACAUCGGGGACCGCUACUUCCUGAAGGCCAUCGAUCAGUACUGGCACGAGGACUGCCUCAGCUGUGACCUGUGUGGGUGCCGGCUGGGAGAGGUGGGGCGGCGCCUCUACUACAAGCUGGGCCGGAAGCUCUGUCGCAGAGACUACCUCAGACUUUUUGGUCAAGAUGGUCUCUGCGCGUCUUGUGACAAGCGGAUCCGUGCCUACGAGAUGACAAUGCGUGUGAAAGACAAAGUGUACCACCUGGAAUGCUUCAAGUGUGCCGCCUGUCAGAAGCAUUUCUGCGUGGGCGACAGAUACCUCCUCAUCAACUCUGACAUAGUAUGUGAACAGGACAUCUACGAGUGGACUAAGAUCAACGGGAUGAUAUAG